AGCUUUAUUGACACAAACGCUGCUGAAGCUGAGUUCAUUUGUUCAGUCAGUAACACGGCAGCUCUCUCACCAGGUGUCUUCUAAACUUUUUAUGGUUUGGACUUGAGUGCUAAAUUCCAGUGCGCUUGAAGGCAGAAUUGCCAUUUCUUGCUGUCUGCUUGUGGAAGAGUCAGCACGGUGCUUUGGUAGCUUCUUCAGUCUGCAUCAGAAUGCCAGCAGCACUUGCAGAUACCAGUCAAAUCAUCUGCGAGGUCUGGGCCAGCAAUGUGGAGGAGGAGAUGAGAAAAAUCCGCCAGAUCAUUCAGAAUUAUAACUACAUCGCUAUGGACACAGAGUUCCCAGGGGUGGUGGUUCGACCCAUCGGAGAAUUCCGCAGUACAGUCGACUACCAGUAUCAGCUCCUGCGCUGCAACGUCGACCUGCUAAAAAUCAUUCAGCUGGGUCUGACGUUCAUGAACGAAGAUGGCGAAUAUCCACCUGGCAUGACGACCUGGCAGUUCAACUUCAAGUUUAAUUUAACAGAGGACAUGUACUCACAGGACUCCAUAGACCUUUUGCAGAAUUCCGGGCUUCAGUUUAAAAAGCAUGAAGAAGAGGGGAUUGAUACGUUGUAUUUCGCAGAGCUCCUGAUGACCUCAGGUUUAGUGCUGUGUGAAAAUGUUCGGUGGCUUUCCUUUCAUAGUGGUUAUGACUUUGGCUAUCUGGUAAAGCUCCUAACUGAUGCUCGCCUACCAGAAGAGGAGCAUGAAUUCUUUCAAAUCCUGAACCUCUUUUUUCCUGCCAUCUAUGACGUCAAAUAUCUCAUGAAGAGCUGCAAAAACCUGAAGGGGGGACUUCAGGAGGUCGCAGACCAGCUGGAGCUAAAAAGGAUUGGGAGGCAACAUCAGGCUGGGUCUGACUCACUGCUGACUGGAAUGGCCUUCUUCAGGAUGAAAGAGCUUUUCUUUGAAGACAACAUAGAUGACGCUAAAUACUGUGGUCGGCUCUAUGGUCUGGGCUCGGGCUCCUCACAGAGCCAGAACGGCAUCUCCAGCUCGGCACAAGAAGAAACCAACAACAAGCACUGAUCACUGAGACCACAUGGCACUUGUUUUUAUUCUAUACAGCAGGUAUAAUUCUCAUCUUUCCACCACCCCCCCCAAGUUCCAUUCGCUCUGUUCUAAAGGGACGGUGGAGAAAAUGACCAAUCUAUUUCAAAGCCCGUGUUACUGUCAGUUUCUGUCGCAACAGUCCCAGUAUUACAGAUAUUCUCCAUAGUGGUGUUCAAGAGGACAUUUUAUUCUUUUGUUUUGUGGUUUUUUUUCUUUUUUCUUUUGUUAAACUAAACAACUGAAAACUCAUUUAACUCAUUUUUAAGCACAGGACUAGCACCUUCUCUCUCACUGCUAAUAUGAUUCAAAGCAUUUUCAUAUGCUCACCAGCAGUUUGACACGGUCUUGCUUAAGAAUUGAGGAUAUCCAAUGUGAUAAAGGUCAGGGGAAAUCUGUUCAAUGUUGGUAACUUGUCGGCAUUGUGAAAUUUUAAAUGAUGCUGGGAAGUGUGUAUUAAAAUAUGUACUUUAAAAAAACAUACAAACAUAAAGCGAAAAUCUUUUAGCAUUUUUCCUAUAAGGAUUUUUAAAUCUGGUUCUGCAUCACGUUCGAGAUCGGCUGUCACGCAGAGACACUGGUUCUGUGCAGCGUUUGUUUUAAUUUGUCCACAUAAUAAGCAGAUGUUUGUGGUACGUCUUGUUUUUAUUCGUUUAAUUGUUUAAAAAUGUGUAUUAAAAUGUUUUCUAUCAA